CGAAGUUCAACACGAUGAAGAAGUCGUUGUCUGCGCGCCGAGUGCCGCGCAAAGUGGGAGGAGACGACGAAGAGGAUGUGCCGGCGGCGCAACCAGAUUCUGCAGUAAAACGACCAAACUCGAAACCGCGCAAGCCCUCAUCUCUCCGACAGUCCUUUGGACCUUCAGCAGUGGACGAUGGCGAGGACAGUGAAGCUGUAGUAACGCCGAAGCGCAAGGACCUUUCGCGAAUAGCAGUCCACAAGACUGUUGCGAAAAGAUCUUCGCUGCUAGCAACAACCCUUCCACGCCGAGAAGCAGAGUACGAAGACGAGCGCCCAAGCUACAGCGCCGCUUCUCUACAGCAAUUAAAGGAUAGCACACCUUCCACUCCGCAGAAUUUCAGCUCGGCCACCAGCACAGAUGUCGAGGAUGUUUCGCAAGUUACCCAGUCUCUGGAUCUGUCGUCUAAGUUUGGAUCCUCGCUUGCGCGAUAUCAGCAGUCCUUUGCUUCUUCUGCAAUACCUUCUGCGACCGAGAUUGCCGAGAAGAAGGCGCGGCGAGCACGUCUGGCGAAGGAACAGCAGGCGGAAGAAUAUGUUUCCUUGGACCCGGAUGACCCCGAUCUAGACGAAGAAGACCUGGACCCAAAUGUAAUGCGAGAUGAGCACGGAAAGCUCGUACUCAAGCCGAAAGACAAGUAUGGCUUAUCGGAGACAAGACUCGUCCGCGAUGACGAAGACAUCAUGGAGAACUUCGACGAAUUCACGGAAGAUGGCCGCAUAUCACUGGGUCGCAAAGCAGAGGCCGAGGCCGAGCGGCAGAGACGAAAAGACAUGGCAGCGCAAAUCGCCGAGGCUGAGGGCGCCACGGAUGACGAGUCGGACGAUAGUGAGCGAGAGCGUAGAGACGCAUAUGAAGCAACGCAGACGAAGCAUGGCUCAUAUGCGCGAAACACAGCAGAUUCAGAAGGAGCUGACCAAAGACCGAAGACGCCGCCUAUCAUUACACCCUUGCCGACCCUUGAUGGAGCUAUAGACCGCUUGAGGAAGCAGCUUUCCGACAUGCGGACGUCACGCAUGCAAAAGCUACAAGAAAUGGAAAAUCUUCAACGUGAAAAGAUCAGACUAGCUGAAGAAGAGGUGCGAAUUCAACGGGCAUUGAAAGAGACGGCAGAAAAAUUCGAGCAGCUGUGA